AGCACAGAGUUGGAAAAAAUCAUAAUAAGAUGGCUGCGUUGUCGGGAGGGGGUGAUCCUGGUAAAGGGAAAGACCAGAUAUUAGAAGUGGGAACUGCCUUACUUAAAGAUUUCAUCUUUGAACGUGUGCGUCGUUAUGGGGAUGAAAGUACCAUUGUGACCCGUACCCAGCUGGGAGGAACUGAGCUGUGUGAUCCCAACCACAAGAAGCUGGCACAGUGUCUGCAGCAGAUUGGGGACGAGCUCGAUGGCAAUGUGCAAUUACAGCGCAUGAUAAAUGAUAGUGCCCUCCAGCCUAGUAAAGAAGUAUUUGGCAAGGUGGCCUAUGAGAUCUUCUCUGAUGGAAGGUUCAACUGGGGCAGGGUGGUGGCACUCUUCUACUUUGCCUGUCGGCUGGUCAUCAAGGCCCUAGUGACUAAUGUCCCAGAUAUAAUCCGCACCAUCAUCAGCUGGACGGUGGACUACCUUCGAGAUCAUGUGAUAAACUGGAUCAGGGAACAGGGUGGCUGGGAUGGUAUCAGAUCGUACUUUGGCACCCCCACCUGGCAGACAGUGGGAGUGUUUCUGGCCGGAGUUCUCACCACAGCCCUAGUCAUCCGCAAGAUGUGAACGGAGAGAGCGCGUGAGAGGAGAGGGGAAUCGGUGUGCUGAGAGAGAAAGGGAGAGAGAGAGAGAGAGAAGGAGAGAUGGUGGGAGGUCUGGUGUCUGAAUCGCACUAUCCCGUUCUCCUAAGAGAAGUGAAGUAAUUACUCCUUGUUUUGGCCCUCCUACUGGGGGCAUUCGGCUGACCGGCUUCCAUUGCACUGAAGGAGAGCAAGGAACUUAUUGAAGCUAAGGUUCUUGCCAUGUGUUCCUGACUACAUGUGACCACUUCUUUAUCCACACUGGUAGUGAGAAGGAGAUGGAGAAAAAGACAGAGGAUGUGUUAUUUUGUCUGACAGAGAGGAGAGCAGAUUAGAUGGGCCUAAUUUUUUUGCUUCUCACAUCCAGGAGUAAGUUCAUUUGACUGUGAUUGUUUCACUGAUAGCUCAGCCAGUGGAAUGAAUUGGAAAAUGUGUUUCUGAGCUGUGAAGGGAGAGGUAAUUCAUCUUAUUGUAUCGUCAGAGUGCCAAAGGGGAGAGGCAGAAUGCUCGCAACAGCCUUGUCCAUUUCUGUCCACACCUCAUACCCGGCCUUCCUUCUCAAACUGGACCUCUCCUUUUUCCAUACCCUCUCUCUCUGGUCUUCUGUAUGCCAUAAGAAUGCACUUUGUACCACUCACACACAACCACAGCCCUUUUCCUAGUGCGUCUCUCACAGAUCUUUGCUGUUCUGUGUAUUGAAGGUACUUGUAAAAUCAACACUGUAGAUGGACUCAAGGCUGUUCAGAGCAGUGCGUAUGUUGCUGUACGACACUCUCAGUGGUGUUAGUUUACCUCUCUUUGGAUAGUGUUCAAAGUACUGUACUGAACUCCAGUUAUUUAAUUUUAAGUGACUAUUGUAUAAUGCUUAAGGAAUUUCUGAUUUAGAAUUUGCUGGGUGUUUUUAAAGGUUUUUUCCAAAAAUGACAAGGAAACUUUCGCUUAAGUUGUCAGUGCCUUGAGAGGUUUUUUACAAGACUGGUAUUUCUUAUUUUUCUUCAUACUUUUAUAAUUUUGUAUGACUCUUUACAGUUUUUUUUCCAA